CGGCGGUGAAGCAAAAUUCGCAUGGUCGCGCAUGGCGAUAGUGAUUGUGGUGUUUGAAGGUAUAGGAAACACUACGUCAAUGAAACAAACGGCAGUUGAGAGAAGUGGUGGAAGGCAGUAACGCAGCUCCACCGCAAAUGCUACGCUGUCGAUCGAUGCCGCGUGUGCUCGUGUUCGUCGUCAUCGUCGGUCGGUAGGGAGAUGAACGGGAGGCGGAGGGCGAGUCGGGAUGCCGACAAGACGGGAAGCGAUGUGCGCCGGCUUUUCGUCGGGGACAUCGCAACUUCCUCCUUCCGCUACGAACUUGCUCUCUUCCGCCGCCGCGUAUCUGGUCUCUGUCGCCCCUGUUGUCGCAUCCCUCAUUCUCUCCUCUCUUUUUUCUUUUUCAUGCUCUCUCCCAUCCCAGCACUUGGUCCUGACACCCUCGUUCAUUCAAUGCGUUGCCAAUUCACCACGCCACCUCCGUCUUCUCAACAGCGUACCCUCUCCGCUGCGUCAGCCCUUCACUGGCCUUGAAACGCAAUCUCUUCCGCUCUGGACCAGCAACAUGCCAGCGGAAACAGCUAAUCCCCGCACCCGCAUCACUCCACUCCCACGGUAGCAACGUGCUCAGAGACAAGAUCGGCGGCGGAGAUCUCAGGAACGGUGCAGUUAGUGGCAAUGAUCUGCUCCGCUCACUGGGCGGAAAGGCAGCCUCUCCUCCGUGCA